AUAUCAGAAGGUGUAUAUGAAAUAAAAGCUGACCAAACAUAUGAUAUAAUAUUUAAUAAUCCUAUCUCGAUCUUUCUUAUAAGCAAAAUUUUUUCGAUAUAAAGUCGAAGAACAAAAACUAAACCGUUUGAUUGAUUUAUGGCGCCGAAUACCUUUUUUUAUUCAAUAAGUACAGAAAAUAGGCUUUCGCCAUUUUCUCCUAUCUAUGUCAAUUAUUGUGUAGUUCUUAAAUCCUUGAUUUCGAUCAAAUUUUGAUUAACAUGGAUAUUAAUAUUAAUUUAUCUUGUUUGACAUAAAAAAUAAAAUCAGAGUCAACAUUAAAAUCAGAUAUGAUAGGUAGGUUAGAAACAUACCAAUUAAGUUAGUCGUAUAAUACAUACAUACAUACAUACAACAUCGACAUAUUAAAUAUAUGUCGCAUCGAAGGCAUCGAGAACUCAGAUCCAUGGGUUCGUCACUUCUAUAGCCAUGUAUGUACAUACAUACCAUGGAGACAUCAUGCGACACGUUCAAACGUUUCUAAUGCUCUCCGAACUGUGAGUGUGAACGUAAGUCUCCGAGUUGAACUAAUUUGUCGUUGCAAGUAUCUGGUCGCGCCAUCUUAACGCGUCAUCAAUAAGCUGGACGCACGGAAACGGGUCUUGCGCCUUCCGACUUCGGAGCUUCGGCACCAACUUCCAACGUUCCAACCAAUCUUCCGUUGGCCGCAAACAAAACGCUGCGUCUUUAACCUGAGAGGGUCUUCGAGGAGGUACAUACGUGGCGUCGGCGAGCAUCGGCGACAGCGUCCUGGCGGUGGUAGUGUCGUCCUAGUGCCGAAUAGCGUAGUUCACGAUGGACGAGGACGUGGUGGAGAUCGGAAACGUGGAGAGCGUGUGUAGACUAUGUCUCUCCACGGAUGGGCCCAGAUCGUCGGUGUUUGCGGCGCAGGGCGAGGAGAAGGAAGACUCGUCCGGCAUAUCACUGGUCGCUAAAAUUCAAGCCUGCCUGUCAAUCCAAAUUUCAACAUCCGAUAAAAUAUCUACAUUGAUAUGUGACAAUUGUAUAAAAAGUGUUAACCAGUGGCAUAUUUAUAAGGAGUCAUGUCUGCGCUCUCAGGAUAAACUACAAGAAUGGCUAGCAAGUCAAUCACAAUCAAAUCCUAUGGUCAUAACGAUCAAGGAUGAACCAAUGGAUUUUGAUUAUGAAGAUAAGGUUGAGAUUAUUUCAGAGACCAAUGAUUUGGAACAAUCACAAUCAUCAAUUCAAACAGUGGAAAAUGAGGAAUCCAAUGAGAAAGUGAAAGAAGUAACAGAUAACAAUGCAACAGAUACAAGUAAAGAGUCUGAACCGAUUCCAGAAUUGGAAACUCCGAUGGAAACUCCGGUGAAAACUCCGGUGGAAAUUUCGAUGGAGGCUGUCAAGGAAGGUCAAACGGACCAACAGAAUGUUGUAAUAUUACGUUCCAUUAAAAGAGAACCACAGGAUGAUGAUGAUACCGAUUGUACAAUAGAACUAGAAUCUACGAAUAGCAACGAAUUGCUAUUGAAUCCUAUGGCAGUCAACGAGACGGAGGAUACAGUUAUGGAGGCCGAUUCCACGCAAAAGUCUAACACGGUUGCUGCACCACCCAAAAAGAAACUGCGACGCGGUCCUCAUACACAUUUCCGAGGCACGCGCGUCUUUAAACAAAAGUGUACACACUGCCAAAUAUUCCUGCACUCCAAAUAUACAUACAUAAAACAUAUGAAGAGGUUUCACAGUAAGGAAAAUGGCACUGAAAAUUUGGAGACACAAAACGACGACGAGGAGAUGAUCGAGGAUUUGGAAGAUGAACUGGUUAGUAUGGAGAAGGAUUCGCCAUUGACGCAAGUUCAACAAGAUAUUAUUAGCCAGCUGAAAACUUUCUCUUGCUAUUCUUGUGAACAAACCUUUAACGAUCGGCGUAGCACGCUCGCACAUAUACGUCAACAUCUACCGGACUUGAGACCAUACACAUGUAUCGCCUGCCUAACAGAAUUUUCAGAUCGAUCAAUGUAUCAGCUACAUUGUAGCGCAUCCUUCGAAUGUGCUAUGAAGAUUGCUUUGGUUAUACCGAAGCAUGGCGACGAACGGUACUUUACAUGCAAUAUGUGUCUGCGCUCGAUGCAAGAUAGGAAGGAGCUACUGAAACAUUUGUCGAAACAUUCCGACAAGCAGUACGAAGAAAUGAUGUCGCCAGCGCCCAGAGCUCCGCCCAAAUUGAAACCAAUGGUACCGCCGAUGGUGCCAUCCAGAAAUAGUGGUAUGAGUGAUAAGACCAAUGGACCUUAUAAAAACGGCGAUCCGGCGCACAAUCAUGCUUGCGAUCUGUGCGGCAUGAUUUACCGGUACCGACCUAAUAUGCUCAAACACAAAGAGAUGUGUAUGCGACUGAAGCCGGAAAACAGAACGUUAUACAAGUGCGUGUAUUGUUACAUGACGUUCCUCGUGUUUAAGAAGUUUCAUUGUCACAUUACAGCUGAUCACAAAAAGAAGGAUUUCACCUGCGCUGUAUGCUAUUCCGAAUUCCGAUCGCCUAGCGAUUUCUUAACCCAUCACGAGACCCAUCGAGAAAUGAUGCAAGAUAAUCAGCAAAUGCAGCAUCAUGACACAUCGCAAGACAUGGUUCAAAUUCCACUGAAAGAACGGAACGCUACAAAGGAAAUAGCUAAAUCAAAAAUCAGUAAUAAUCAGAAGUACAGCUGCCCACUCUGUACUCAAGUUUUUUCCACGAGAGUCGAACUAAAUGAACAUCAAAGUCUUCACCUCAAAGUAAAGAUAUACUCAUGCGCCAUUUGCCGUAGCAUGUUCAGUAGUGCUGGCGCCUUAGAAAUUCACAUGAAGGAUCACGGUAUCGAGGACCCGAACGAGCGAAAUGCUAAUAUCUCCUGCGUGGAAUAUGGCAACUUGGAUAAAGACAUGAGAAUCGAAGAAGAAUCAAUGAACGACAGUGCCAUUUCAGAUCCUGGUACACAAGUUCACAAGUGUGGCAAGUGUGGUAAGAUAUUAUCUAAUUACGCUAAUCUCCGACGACAUGCUAAAAUCGCGCACCGAAACAUUAAAAUCUACGAUUGUGUCGAGUGUUCGCGACUGUUCAUGCAUAAAGACCUGUACAAUCAUCAUAUGCAGAUCAAGCAUAACUCUACAAAAACAAUGCUACAAUGCCCGCAAUGCCCCAAGAGUUUUGUUUUCCAAUCAAACUUCUCUUAUCACUUCCGUACUGUCCACGUUGAAAAAUCGCAGAACGGUUACGCCUGCGAUAUCUGUGGCAAAGUCUUCGUUGAAGAAACUUCCUUGAAGAUACACAAAGGUUGGCACAAUCGCGCCAAUUCACGUUUAAGCACUCGAUUUAUCUUAGGCAAUCAGAAGGCGUCCACUGACGCGCAGAAGGAAUCGAGCAAUAUCGAGUCCGGUGAGAAUUCAGAACGGCCACCGAGAGCACGAAAAUCCUUCCCCAAUCCCCCGCCUCAAUCAACCACCAAGUCACCAGGAAAUUUCCAAUGUCAAGUAUGCAAUGAUAACUUUAACGACGUUACGGAGCUAAGAACUCAUUUAUGGGACGUUCAUUGCGCUCGCAACAAACCUGAAAAGAAUUAUUCUACUAAUGAACUUCAAUGCGAACUUUGCACAAACAUUUUCCCCGAUCAGGAAACCCUGGCGUCUCAUAUGCAAUGGCACAAAGCUAAUCCUAUUCUCAGCGAUAUACAAAAAGUGUUCUCCUGCGAUGUAUGCGGCAAGUCUUACAGUUCGAAGAAGGUCCUAUGGAAACACAAGAAGCUUCACAAAGCUACUGUUGUUGCCUCGAUCAAAUUUCAAUCCUUAGCUAGGAAACCAAUGGCUACACAAUACCUGUGCAACUUCUGCCGCAAAGUUUUCUCGAGCAACCAGUCUCUGCAACGACACAAACUCACGUUCCAUAGUGAUUUGAAUCAACAACGCACGCAACCACAGCUGUAUAAUAGCACUCGAAGAUUAUCAAUUGAAAACGAAACAAAGGCAAAGCGCCCGAAACUUGAGAUAGAAAAUGAUAAUUCGCAGAUUAAGGUGGCACCUUUCUCCAUGGACUUUGCCGGUGAGAAAAAGAAACCGGUCAAGUGUCAUCUAUGCAAAAAAAUGUUUCCUGGCAUGAGCGCAUUGUACAUACACAAGCAAAUGACUCACAAAACCCGUGCGAGGAAAAGCUUGACGCUCGAGUGUAUACCGCUGCCAACGGACGAUGGCAAUUAUUUAUGCAAUAUCUGCUUUAAGGAGUUUCCUGGCCUGUCAAAUCUGCGACAGCAUUUCACAAUCAAGCAUAAGAAAACAGCCGAAGUCGGCAAUUCGUCGAGCAAUAACAGAUUAUCACAACUCUCAACACCCGAACGAUCAAGGGAUUACGAAUUGGCCUACAAUAAUAUAAUGUAUAGCUGCAAGCUGUGUAAGCAGUGCCACGUCUUCAACAAAGACUCCAUUAUGAAACAUAUCACCAACGUGCAUAACGCAGUGUAUGAGGCCGACAGUAAAAUGUUCCACAGAGAGGUCGAUCUGAGCGCUUACGUGGUGAAGGAUGCGAUAGGAGCUACCUGUCCGCAAUGCGAUGUCAAAUAUCCCAACAACAGGGCUCUGAAGAUACAUUAUAUUAAAUUCCAUGAGAAUUAAAAUUGCUGUUAACAUCUAGACGUUGCUCUAGACAUGAGGAAAGGUUUUUUUCAUUUUAUAAUUAUCAAGAUCAGGUUUCAGAUCAUGAUUCUCUUCGCACACACAUGUAAUGAUGCUUGUGCGAUACGUUCCUGAGAUAUCAUUUAACGCUAAUUUUAAUAUUAUGAUUUAUUUGCCCGAUAUCGUUUUGCAAUACGAUUCCUAUCCUUGCGAAUCUUUAUAAUUGACAUGUAAACUCAACGUAUUUACAACUAUUACUUUGAUAAUUUCGUGAGAUUAAGUGAAACAAUAGGAGUUCCAAUAUUAUUCUUACAGGAUUUUAAUUACAUCUCAGUUACACAUAUUUUAAAUAUCCUAAUUGUUUGAUUUUUGAGGAACAAUUGAAAUAUUUAAGAUACGCAGUGGGAUGCAAAUGGAUUAUCUUGUGUAUAUUGUUACGAUGAUAGAGCUUUUAUUUACACAUGCAGACAUUUCCACGGGUCACAGUUUAUCGUAAAUGAUUUGUUUCGUACAGUGACUAUGUAAUUGCGACCAAUGAGGUGUGUAAAUAUCGAAGCAGUAAAGUAAACUAUAUGUAUGGUGACUUUAUGAAAUAGCAGCUUCUCAGUGCAGUUAUGUUAAAUUAGUCGCUGCAGUCAGAUGUAUGGUCAAUUUUUCAACGAGAUUAAAUCUCUGUGAUUUCAAGUGAUUUGAUAAUCUAAUUAUUUUUACGUGAUGUGCAUUCAGCUAACUUUUUUGGUACAAUAAUAACGACAGUGAUUAAAGUUUUUACAAAUAAAAUUUUACGUAUAAUAAAUUACGAAUAAUUUGCAAACCGGAAAUAUUUUGAUUUGAGAUCGACUUUGAUACGUUUGUUCACGUACAUCGUAUCUUUUUGCAAUUUCAACUUAAUAUCAAUUUAAUAAAUACAUUUUUAUAUCUUUUUACAAAGAGAUAAUGAAAAUAAUUUAAAAAAUAAUUAAACAUCUGUCAUCAAUGGUUAUUAUUCGAUUUCCUAACAUUUUUACUUGGUUGCAACAAUAAUGACAAAUAAUUGCCUUGGGAAGAUACUGCAAUACAACUGCUUAGAAUUCUUUAUCUACAUCUAUAGAUCUAUACAUAUAUCGGGUAUAAUUAUAACUAUUAUUAUGUAUGGUAUGCAAAUAAAAAUCGUAAAUAUCUUGCUUAUACGUAAUACAAUAUUUAUUAAGAAUGGUCCUUUCAUCGUUCCGAUUGUGUUUGACUUUCGUUUAAUUCCAUAGCAGAUAUGUUUAUAUGUUUGCUAUUUUCCUUGUUUCUUCCAUCCAUCUUCCUGGUUGUAUUGGCAAUGUAUUACAUUAGUUUUAUUACUAAUUGCAUACUUGUAUUUCAAAUGUACAAGCUAUAGUAAUAAAAAAAUGAAAGUAUUAUUU